GGAGGCUGUGAAGAUGGAACUGAAUCUCUGGUUGGUUUUAGCUUUGUUAAGCAUUGGGCACUGUGAUGGCAGAAGGAAUAAGCAACAGACCGGGUCGACAGGCGGUCGGUCAGCCAAUGUGGACAUCCGUGCACCGAAAAGUGGUCAGCGAGUGAGACUCGGAGGUACGUCACAGAGAGUGAACGCGGGCCUGGUGGAGGUGUAUCGUGGAGGCACGUGGGGUGUCGUCUGUAAUGACGAUUGGGACCUCAGUGACGCCAAAGUCGUCUGUCAACAACUCGGUUUCAAAAGAGGUGCCCUAGCAGCCUUGGAGGAGACAACUUACGGCACAGCAGGAUGGACUGAUGAUGAUAUAUUGAUGAACAAUAUAAACUGUAUGGGUUAUGAGGGCAUGGUGCAGGAAUGUCAAUAUGGUGCCAUUAACUUUUGUCCUGUAACUGAAGCAGCAUCUGUUAUGUGUAGACAUAACACAGGAUGUGAAGAUGGCUGGAUAGCAGGUCCUGAUUCCUGUUACCAGUUCAUUAGUCCGAAAAAGCCUGUGAAGACAACGAAACAGGUGCUGAGUAAGUGUGCUAGGACAGGAGGUCACCUUGUCAACAUAGAGACAGAAGAAGAGAACCACUUUCUGUCUAACACACUACAGCUACUGUAUCCAGAUUCAGAUGUGUGGCUGAUUGGUGGUAAAAUACACAGGGGUAAAUGGUAUUGGGAAAAACACAUGCGAUCCAGCACAUCCCAAGAAAACAAGCCCAAGGGACCAAAUAAACCCAAAAAGCCGAAGAAACCAAAGAAACCUAAAAAGACCGGCAGCACCAGGGGACCACAACCAACUACAACUCAAAGACCAGGCAGACGUCCACGACCAAGACCUCGGCCAAGGCCUGGGCCAAAAAGACAGAUGGAGAACGAAAGAGAAGACCCUGGUAUGCCAAGAACGCAGCAAGGUCGGCCUGGUAGACCUGGUAGACCUGGUAGACCUGGUAGUAGGGGCAAUAACAAACAAACAAAAAGACGGAACAAAAAUAAAAGGAGAUCAAAGAGGAAUGCCAGAAUGAAGAAGAAGCAAGGUGGCUUGAAAAUGAAAAGGAUUAAAAUGGUUUACAAAAAAUGGUUUCCAGGUUGGGUACCGACACUGGAACAGAAAGAACCAUCUCGUGGCAAGAAGGAGUACUGUAUGGCAUUGAAUAACUUGUAUGACCGACCUGAUGGAUCCAUUAAACAGCUACUGGAUUACUACUACUGGGACAAUGUGCCUUGUAAGAGGCGAACUGGCUUUAAUUACAUUUGUGAAAAACCAAAAAGUAGAGUUGCUGCAGUCCGAAGCAAUGAUGUAGACUGUUAUGAUGGAAAUGGAGCAAGUUACCGCGGAAACAUGGAUAUGACAAUCAAAGGUACACGCUGUCAGAAUUGGACUGAUUCUGACAGAACUAACCCAUCAACCCACCCAAAUAAGGGACUUGGUAAUCAUAACUUCUGUCGUAACCCUGAUAAUGAGGUGAGACCUUGGUGUUGGGUAAAUAUUGCUAAAUCCCAGUUUGGCUAUUGUCCUCUAAUGCCCUGUACUGACCCAACCCUGCAGGAGAGCUCCUCAGAUGUCAGAGAGUGUUAUGAAGGGAAUGGAGAAUCUUACCGUGGGGCAGUAUCCAGGACAAUUAGAGGGUCGGAAUGCCAGCGGUGGACUCAGUCUGUGCAUAUAAACCCAGACACACAUACAGACAUGGGGUUGGGUGAUCAUAACUUGUGCCGUAACCCUGAUAAGUCUGCCAGACCCUGGUGUUGGACUGAUGUCAAUAAAAGAAUGUUUGGGUACUGUCCAGUCCCACUUUGUGAGGAUAUACAAACUGACCAAGUCAAUUCUACGACAGAAGCACCAGUGGUGUCUGAGUGUCCAGAUGGGACUUUCUUUUGUUAUAAUGAAAGCAAGGCCAGGUGUAUACCAGAUACCUUUCAUUGUGAUGGAGAAAAUGACUGCAUUAGUGGUGAAGAUGAAGAACAGUGUGAAUACAAGUUGCCUCAGUUUGAAAAGGUGGCAGAUGCUAUUUUGGAUGCUCAUCAGUAUGAAAAAUACAUACAUAUUCCCAUAGAAAAGUGUGCCACCAAGUGCUUAGAGGCUAAAGAAUUUGUAUGUCGCUCCUUCAGCUACCACAGAGAGAAUCGGUCAUGCUUUCUCACCGACAUCAACACACAUGUCGCUAUCGAUUUUGAUAUAGAACCAUCUAAUGAAUAUGACUACUAUGAAUUAUCCUCACAAACUGCCGACUGCUUGGACAUGUUCCAGUGUACAAAUGGACGCUGCAUUGACACUCAGCUUCAGUGUAACAACGUAGAUGAUUGUGGCGAUUUUAGUGAUGAAAUUGUUGGAAACUGUGCACGGCCUACACCUGAUAGUGCUGAGGACCAGCCACUGGAGGUGAGGAUAGUAGAUGGAGACAAAGAGAACUCAGGCCGUGUGGAGAUCCGUUACAGAGGAGAAUGGGGUGUCAUCUGUGAUGAUAAAUGGGACAUCAAUGAUGCCAGGGUCAUCUGUCGAAUGUUGGGAUACAACAAUGCUAAUAAGGCCACCCACAUGUCAGAGUUUGGAUCUGGAAAUGGAAAUUUUCUGUUGGAUGAUGUUGGCUGUAUGGGAAAUGAAACAACAAUUGAGGACUGUUCUAAGCCAAGAUGGAGAGAACACAAUUGUAAAAUGUAUGAAGUAGCCGGAGUGGAGUGUAACUCAGGAAAGGGAAUCGUAUGUGUGAGUGGGGAGUUCAGCUGUACCAAGUCUGAGAAGUGUAUUUCAGCCUCCCUUGUGUGUAAUGGUGAUGAUGACUGUGGGGACCAGACUGAUGAACAGGACUGUGUCCCACAAGUAAGGUUGGUGGCAGGCACCUCAGAGAGAAAUGGACGGGUAGAACUUACCUUGAAUGGUGUGACUGGCACAAUUUGUGAUGAUUCCUGGGACGACAAUGACGCCAGCGUGGUCUGCAGAAUGCUUGGAUAUCAGUUCGGUGGACUGGCAAAAGAGUUAACAUACGGUGCAGGAAAAGGUGUUAUCUGGAUGGACGAUGUGGAAUGUACAGGAGAGGAGACAUCACUGGCGCAUUGUGCGAGGAGUGCAUGGGGGACUCAUAAUUGUAACCAUGAAGAGGAUGCAGGAGUGUCAUGUCUACAUCAUGCUCCUACUACAAUUUCACCUGUAUUAGUUAUUCAAGUGGAGCUUGAAGGUGGAAGUAACACUGAGGGCCGCCUGAUGGCCACUGUUGGUGGCCAACGUGGUACUGUGUGUGAUGAUGAAUUCGAUGAUAAUGCUGCCACAGUUGUCUGCAGGAUGCUUGGAUUUGAGUUAGGAGUAAAGACGGACAAAUUUGGUGAAGGGUCUGGUACCAUUGUUUUAGAUGAUGUGCGGUGUGAUGGCACAGAGAGGUCCCUGUCAAAUUGUUCAUACAAAACUGUUCACAACUGUGGUCACUCAGAAGAUGUUGGUGUAGAGUGUUUCCAGCAACACACCUUAGUUGAUCAGUUGUACCUGGUGGAUGGACCAGGGCCACAUGCUGGACGAGUUCAAGUUCAGCACAAUAGAGUAAAUGGAACUGUGUGUGAUGAUGAGUUUGGCGAAGAAGAUGCUAGAGUAGUGUGCAGCAUGCUUGGAUUUACUGGAGGAACGGUUGUUGAACUAUAUGGCCCAGGUGAAGGCAAAAUCUGGCUAGAUAAUGUAAACUGUGUGGGGUCAGAGAAAAGCCUGUUUGACUGUGAGGCUAGGGAUUGGGGGUUACAUGAUUGUAGCCAUGAGGAGGAUGUGGGUGUGUCAUGUGAUGAAGAGUCAGUGACCAGUACUGGCCGCCCCACUGACCCACCUCAGGACAGGGAUAUUGUGGUAUUGGUGGGUGGAGAAGGUCCACAUGAAGGUCGGGUACAGGUCCUACAUAAUAAUGUCAACGGAACUGUGUGUGACGAUGGAUUUGAAGACGAUGAAGCAGGCGUUCUUUGUAGGAUGUUAGGAUACAGGAAUGGUUACGUGGUGAACACAGAAUAUUUCGGUCCUGGUGUUGGUAAGAUUUGGUUGGAUGAUGUGAAUUGUGAUGGAACAGAGUCAAGUUUGUUUGACUGUGAUGGUAUUGAGUGGGGUAUCCACAACUGUAACCAUGGUGAAGAUGUCGGUGUGAAGUGCCAGAAACAUAUUACCACCACCACCACACAAGUAUAUGAAGAUACCAUCAGCCUGGUUGGAGGGACAGGGGUUUACGAAGGCAGAGUUGUCAUUCACCAUGGUGGUGUGGCAGGAACUGUUUGUGAUGACAUGUUUGAGGAUGUUGAUGCAGGAGUAGUUUGUAGAAUGUUGGGAUUUAGGUAUGAUCAAAAAUACUAUGUAUUAAAAAUAUGA